AUUACAUCAAAAUUCACGAGUAUGAUUUGGUGUUUAAAAUGUUUCACUUUUAUUUUACUAUAUUACUCUCAUCUAAUAGACCUUUUCUGAUUUUUAUGGAAUCUUAUAUAAAUGCCUGCCUCUGUUCUAAAAAAGCCUUAUUCCUCUUAUUUGUCUUCAUAUAAAUAAAUAGAAAGGCAUAUUUCUCCUCCACUCUAAUUUUUGGAUUUAGCAAUAAUGUUCCCAAACCUAACCAAAAAGGAAUCAGCGAUUCAGUGCAAUUAUUAUCAUAUUUUCCAACAAAAUUAGAUUCUAUGCUAGUCGCGCUAUAAUAGCAACUUUGCAUCCUCAAUCGUAAUCCUCCAGUCUCCCACAAAUCAGCACGGAAACUAAAUCCCCUCCGUAGAUUUCGCAAACCGUAUCAUCGUCACUAAACAGCUCCAUCCUUCCUCUUCGAGCCCCAAACCGCGCUCCAUAGUUGAACCUUUUCUAUUUUUCACUACACCUUGCACCGUUAAAAGGAAAAAAAAAAAAAAAUUUCAACCGCGUAGGCACGUGCCUUCCACCCUCUUCAACGGUCAGUCAUCCGCCGUACAUAACACCCUCCCUAUCCGUCUUCAAUUCUUCGCUUCCAACCUUCUCAUUGUAAAACCCUGGCUAGGGUUUUGGAUAGUUGGGGAUUCUUGAAUCCGAGUGUUUAUAGUAUGCAAUUCUAUUUUAUUAUUAGUAAGUAAUACAAUGAUUGAGAAAUCAAAGAAACACAACAGCAGAAAAGGUUUAAUUAGUGAAGAAGACAUCUCGUCUCUUUUGCAAAGAAGGUAUACAGCAAAUACAGUAUUGGCAUUACUACAAGAAGUAGCUCAGUUCGAAGGAGUGAAGAUUGAUUGGAAUGCCCUUGUUAAAAAGACAACAACAGGGAUUAAGAAUGUGAGAGAAUAUCAAAUGUUAUGGAGGCACUUGGCCUAUAAACAUACUUUGAUUGAUAAUUUGGAUGAUGGAGCUCAGCCUCUGGAUGAUGAUAGUGAUUUGGAGUAUGAAUUGGAAGCAUUUCCGGAUGUUAGCAGUGAAGCUUCGGCCGAGGCUGCAGCUUGUGUCAAGGUCCUGAUUGCAUCUGGUGCAACAAGUGACUCCACCCACCCAAAUAGCGCUACAGUCGAGGCUCCUUUAACAAUAAAUAUACCUAAUGGGCAGUCAGCCAGAGCUAUAUCAGAGAAUUCACAACCUGCUACCAUGCGAGGGAUGAAUAUUACAGUUCCUGUUUCUAUUCAGAAACAGCCCCUGCCCACAGUGGCAUCCACUGAAGUGUUUGAUGGGAAUGGAUUAGGAAAUGGCAAUAUUCCUCCACGAAGGAAAAGAAAACCAUGGUCAGAAGCAGAGGAUUUGGAAUUAAUUGCUGCUGUGCAGAAAUAUGGUGAAGGAAAUUGGGCAAAUAUCUUACGGAGCGAAUUCACAUGGGACAGAACUGCUUCACAGCUAUCUCAGAGGUGGGCUAUUAUUCGGAAGCGGCAUGGCAACUGGAAUCCAGUAGGUAACACAAGCGGAGUGCAACUUUCUGAGGAAUGGCGAGCAGCGCGUCAUGCAAUGAAUUUAGCCCUUGAUCCGCCAGUUAAGAAUAAAUUUACUAAUAAUAUCUCUGGUGAAGCUACACCAGCCCAACAUCAGUCCCAACGCCCAUUUGCAGCAAAAUCAUCUCCAAUGGUACCAUUAGGUUCUGCACCAAAAUCACAAAUAGCUGUGAAGAGACCGGCAAAACCUGAUUUAAGUUCAGAUCCGGUAAGAGCUACUGCAGUUGCUGCUGGAGCUCGUAUUGCUACUCAAUCAGAUGCUGCUUCGUUGCUCAAGGCUGCUCAGGCAAAGAAUGCUGUCCAUAUCAUGCCCACAGGUGGCUCUUCAAUGAAAUCAGCAUUGCCUGGUGGUGCAUCCAACCAUUCAGAAGCACAUCCUAAUGUUCACACUAAUGACCUGGCAGCUGGGUCACGUUCCACCCUGCCAGUUGUUUCACCCAGUGCUAUACGACCUGCUGCCUCUUCUACUGUUCAACAUAUUCCAUCAAUUUCUGAUACAGCUAAGAACAUAUCAGCCAAACAAUUUAAUGCUGAACUCCCUGCAAGGAAAGAUACUGAAACUGCUGGAGCAAUCAAAAUUUUGUCAGAAGAUGCGAAAGAACAGCAAGUUAAAGAACAUGGAGCUUGUGUCUCAGGAAAUGAGUUAAGCAAGCAAGUUCAAGAAGAAAAAGCAGCCUUCCCAAACCGAGAAGCUGAGUGUAAAACUCAGUUGGCUGUUUCUGAGAGUUCUAGUGCUGCAUCAAAAUUGGAGAUGGCUGAUAGUAACAUGAUGGAUGUCCUUGGCAAGCCAGCUGAAGGGAGUCAAAAUUCUAAUAGCAAUAUAAUCACGUGUUUAUCAGUUAAAACAGAAGAUAGUAUGUCUGCAAUUCAGGUGAAUGGGGACAAGCAGAUCACGAGUGACAAACCAGAUCGGAUAAGCAUGGCGAUUGAUAAGUUCAGCGAAAAGAUAGAAGCUGUGAGCAAAUCAGAGCCGGAUACUGUGAUGACAGAGGGAGAAAGUUAAAGAGAAUCUUUGUGCAAAGUAGGAGGGAAUUUCCUUCUUUUUCCGCAAAAUAUUUUAUUUGUGUUUUAAUGACCUUGAGGUAUUAAUUAGUGUAAAUUAGUUAGAGAAUUGUGUGGGAAGUAAACGAUUAAAAGCAUAUAUAUGCAAUGGUGCAAAUGGUUACCGUCUGCUUAGAGAUUGCAGGUGAGCAUGUAAGAAAAAGAAAAAAAAAAGUUCUUUUGGGUGCUAAGGUGCCCCAGUAAUAUAUAAAUCUGAGAAAUAUUCAAUUCA